CAUAUAAAGAAUCAGUGAAAUGCAAGUCAUCGCAGCCUUGUGGGUUUGGAUACAUGGCCAAACUGCCAACUAGGUCUGAAAGGAUUAAGUUUCAGGUUGAAGAGCAAGCUCGUGCUACCCAAAAGGUAAACUCAGAGCUCAACCAGCAGGUCACGGAAUUAAAACAGAAGUUACAAGAUGAACGUGAUACUAUGGAUGAGAAGAUUAAUUUAGAGCGUGCUGAGAGGGAACGGCUUGAGGAGAGGUUAGAGGAAGAGCGUGCUGAAAGGGAAAGAAUGAUGGAAUUUGAGCGAGCCUCAAGAGUGGAAUUUGAGAAAAACUUGAUGGCAAAGUUAGCUUCACAGUUUCAAUCACAGUUUCAGUCACAGUUUGAAGAGUUCACCAAACAGAUUGAAACACAGAAGACGCAAACAAAUAAGAUUGAAACACAGCAGACGCAAACAAAUAAGGUGAUGAUAGUCAUAUGAUUGCAAACUCCUAAGAUUUAGUUGUUUACUUGCAUUGCUAACAAUGCACAUCUUUUUCGCAGAAUCCUAAGAAGGCAA